UGGAGCCUGGAGAGCCCAAGGCUCAGUCUCGUAUUGACCGCUGCUUCCUACACAAGAGCACUGUACAGUGGUGUGGAACAACCCUACUUAGCGCCCUACGUGUCCUGCACAGGGCGGUUUGUGAAUGAGCCCAGGAAAGCGGCAGGCGGAUGAUAUGGCAGCUUUAUGAGCGGCCAGGUGGAACUCGCUUUGUGUUCAAUUCGCCUUAACAGCGACAGCAUGACGUCGAUUUAACGAGGCGGCGGAGAAAAUAUUAUUAUUAUUAUUAAUAAUAAUAAUAAAAUGAUUUACUUGAUCUUAAUUUCGGCGUUUACGGGGGCGGUGGUGACGCUGCUGCUGCAGCUCGCGCUGCUGUACCGGAGGAGCCCGGAGCCCGUGGCGCGGACGGUGCAGUACGUCAAAGCGGUGCCUGAUCCGGCUCUGAAGGAUUACUUCACAAAUCCGCAGCAGCCGGACGCGUCCAAACAGCCGAUGGACGGUGCGUGUCCGGGGCCUCCUCCUCCUCCUCUUCCUCCUCUUCCUCCUCCUCUGCAGGCUGAACCGGAGACGUGCGGCUUCCUGAAUGCAAUCUUCCUGUUCCUGUUCCGCGAGCUGCGCGACACGCCGCUGGUCCGCCACUGGGUCACCAAGAAGAUCCGCGUGGAGUUCGAGGAGCUGCUGCAGACCAAGACGGCGGGCCGCCUGCUGGAAGGGCUGAGCCUGCGCGACGUGUCGCUCGGAGACUCCGUGCCCGUGUUCAAGACGGCGCGCCUCGUCAGACCCGUGCAGCUGGACGACUCCGGCAUGCCCGAGGAGCUCAGCUUCGAGGUGGACCUGGAGUACGCCGGUGGCUUCCACCUGGCCGUUGACGUGGACCUGGUGUUCGGCAAGUCCGCCUACCUGUUCGUGAAGAUGCGGCGUGUGGCCGGGCGCCUGCGCCUGCGCUUCAGCCGGCUGCCCUUCACGCACUGGUCGUUCGCCUUCGUGGAGGACCCGCUGGUCGACUUCGAGGUCAAGUCGCAGUUUGAGGGCCGCCCGCUACCCCAGCUCACCUCCAUCAUCGUCAACCAGCUCAAGAGGGUCAUCAAGAAGAAGCACACGCUGCCCAACUACAAGAUAAGGUACAAGCCGUUCUUUCCAUUCCAAGUGCAGCCGACUCCGGAGCCAGACUUCUCAGUCCAAGACGAGCGGUUGGUGGAGGGACGCCUCCGCGUGACACUUGUUGAAUGUAGCAGGUUGUUUAUUUUGGGCUCGUAUGACCGGGAGACGUACGUCCACUGCACUGUUGAGCUCAGCAGCCAUGAAUGGCGGGAAAAACCUCGCAGCUCAAUCAAAAGGACCGAGGUCAUUAAGGGUCCAAAUGGUAGUGUGGGAAUGACAUUCCGACACGUCCCAGCAACUGAAGGUGACGUGGUGCAUGUAAGCAUCGAGACGGUGACUCCCAACUCCCCCGCUGCCCAGGCUGAUCUGCAGAAAGGAGAUCGCUUAAUUGCGAUCGGAGGAGUCAAAGUGACGUCCUCUGUCCAAGUGCCAAAGCUGCUAAAACAAGCUGGAGAUCGAGUGGUUGUCCUGUACGAGAGACCAGUCAGACACCAGGUGCCUACCAUGGGCUUGGGAUCCCUCCAAGAUACCCUGGGUCCCCUGGAAGAACCCGCAUACCCUGUGUCUGGGGGUUAUGAGGAGGACCCAGCCCACAUUACAACCAUGGACAUAACUGAUGGCAAAGACAAUGACUCAGAGUUUGAGGAACUGAUAGUGGAGUCCAAAUCAGCUGGAGCUCCAGUAAUUGCAGAAGCUAAAGAGGAUACUUUACUCUCUGUAAACCAAAGCCCUAAAAAGACUGUGGCCAAUCUGGCCUCCAAGCCCCUGGGUACCAUCUCACCAAUUCUCAAUCGCAAGCUCAACUUGGCUGGCCUUCAAUCGCCGCUCAAACCCCAACCUAAAGAGUCACCAAAGCCCUCACUUCUCAAGAGUGCAGAAUCAUCAGAACCACCACAGAGGCCAACAGUGCCCCCUCCUCCUCCACCUGUGCGCCCGCCUGUCCCCCCUAGGCCCCAUAUAAAAGUGACAUGCCCUUCCACAUCCUGUGAAUCCCAAAACAUGGAAGGCAGUGACUCUACAGUGGAGAAAACCCCAGAAAAAUCUCCACCAGCUGCAAGCAAUGGAGAGAAACCUGCAUCUGAAAGAAGUCCCACAAAAAUUCCUGAGCCAAAGCCUAUAAACAAACCUGUAGACUCCACUGACGAGCUCCCAACAAACCCGAUCACCAGUAAGCAAGAUUUGAUCAAAGACAAAAUUGUUGAGAAUGCCUCUAGCCUAAAAGACAGUAUGGAUGACCAGGGUCUCUGGGAGUCAUCUGAGGCUAUGUUUCGCAACAGAUAUGGGCGCUGGAGCAAGUCCUCAGUUGUCUUUGAUGUGGAAAGCCACCAUAAAUACCUUAAUGUAGCACUCUGGUGCAAGGAUCCCUUUAAGCUAGGUAGUCUCUUAUGCUUGGGCCAUGUUAGCUUGCAUUUGGAGCAUAUAGCCCUGGAAUGCUUGUGUAUUUCAUCUGCAGAAUACCAGAGCACCUUCCGUUUGUGUGCCCCAGAACCGAGGGCCAGCGUCAGCCGUACUGCACUUCGUAGUCUUAGCACGCACAAGGGCUUCAAUGAGAAGCUGUGCUAUGGAGACAUAACUCUAAACUUUACCUACCUGGGAGAGGGAGACUCAGACCUGUCCAGUGGAGUUAUUGAGAGGGAGGGGAGUUUACAAGAAGAAGAGCUAAAGGAACGUGAGAGAGAAAGAGAUCAUGUGCCUGCACUAACCCGGGAUGAUCUAAAUUACAGCUCCAUGCAGCUUGAGGUUCGACACAACUUUCAGGACACACAGUUUCAGAAUCCCACCUGGUGCGACUACUGCAAAAAGAAGGUUUGGACCAAGGCUGCAUCGCAGUGCAUCACUUGUGCCUAUGUCUGCCACAAGAAGUGCCAGGAGAAAUGUCUUGCUGAGCAUCCUUUUUGUUUGGCGAUUGCCGAUCGGCGAGGUGCAGACCCUGAAGCAAAGUCCACCAUCAACCGGGCAACCACUGGUCUCACACGGCACAUCAUCAACACCAGCUCCCGUCUGCUCAACCUGAGGCAGGUUCCCAAAGCCAGACUAGCAGAACAGGCAGCAGAGGUUGGUCCUGGAGUGGCAGAACCUUCUCCAAAACACACACCGAACACCUCAGACAAUGAGAGCAGCGACACCGAGACGUACACAGGGGCUAGUCCUUCCAAACAACCACCAGCCAGUGGAGGCACAAAGCUGGCACGCAAAGAGGGAGGGUUAGAUGACAGCGUGUUUAUUGCAGUGAAGGAGAUUGGGCGGGACCUGUACCGUGGCCUCCCUACAGAUGAGCGAUCGCAAAAGCUCGAACUGAUGCUGGAUAAGCUCCAGCAGGAGAUUGACCAAGAGCUGGAGCACAACAACUCACUAAUAUCUGAAGAGAGGGAAACAACUGAUGCACGUCGCAAAGCCCUGAUCACUUCAGCUCUGGCCAAGUCAGGUGAACGGCUUCAAGCUUUGACUCUGCUAAUGAUCCACUACCGUGCUGGCAUAGAGGACCUAGAGUCCUUGGAGAGCACCUCACCAUCCGAACAACACGGCUUUCCAAAGUCAAAAGUGGAGGUUCUGGAGGAGGACCUGAUGGGGGCAGAAGUGUAUGACAGUGACAUUUGUAGCCCGGUGGAUGUACAGAGUCUAAAUGACAUUAGUGAGGAACAGAUCUGUGUGGAAGCGUUACCACGUUAGAGAAUGGAAAUGCAAAACAAAACUGAGACUCGCAGCAUUUUAUUGUGGGGUUUCUGGGGACUGUAUAUGACGGUCUGGCACUGGGAUUGAUUAUGAAUGUGAAGUUUGCAAAAUAAGUUAUUUUACAAGAUGCCCAGAAAUUUAUGAAAAUUCUCUCAUUUGGGGGAUUGUUUUGAGGUUGUUGUCAGUUGACUUUUUUUCUUAUUUGCCUUUUUUUCUUAACUUAUCUCAACUUUGGUCCCAAUCCAGUCAGUACAGUGUAUCAAUGCAAUGUUUCAAAUAUUAAACUUUUAGGUCAGUAUUGGAAUUUAUCCGUAUUGAUGUAGAUCAGACCAAGCUUUCCUGCCUUGAAAGGGGAAGCACCUCUUUGUGUAGUAAUUCAACAUGACAGGCUUUGCAAGAGAGACUCCAUUUGUAGCAUCAGUGUUACUGGUAAUAUUUAAGGUUGAAGAAUUCCAAGAUGGUCUGCUUUCUUGUGAGCUUCGCACCUUUUGCUUUUGACCGUCUGCUUCUCACCAGUAGGAUUUAGCCAAGUACUAGAAUGUAAGCCUUCAUAUUGGUUCCAUGUGGAGCUCCACCCCCACCCCCCAGGUUGUGUAUUUUCUUUCUCCAAUUUUCAUGUCCUCUAAAUGUGAUUUUUACUGUACUAAAUUUCUUUUUUGAAUUAUUCUAAAUAUUUGAGUCCUUUAUUUAUCUGCCAUUUCCUUUUAAUGUGUCUAUGUUAAAUUACGAGGGAUUUGUUAUAGGUAAAAAUAGGUAAUGAUGCCUGUUUUGGGGACCAUGGCUUUUUUUGCUCAGUUUUGUUCAAGUUUGUUGAAUUCUAAUGCCAAACAAAUGUGACAAAUCGCCAUUGUUUUAUUUUGUGUUAUGUUGGAUAUUGUGUUAUAAUAUCUAGUAAUAAUAUAUUUUGAUGAAAUAUU